UCGCAUUUCCCAAAAUGGACAAGCGAGACGCGAUGGCUUCAACGUCACGUCUCGCUUCCAAUUGUCGCGUCCCCGGGCUCGGAUUCCUAUGUGGACUUCCAAUUUCUCAUCGCUAGCGAUUCCACUAUGCAAGAGAGCUCUGUCUUCUCCCCCCCCAGUCGCGGGGCUUCCUUUCAUGGAUUUCUUUUUUCUUUCUGUUUUCUUUUUGCUCUAUAUACACUGCUCCGCCCAAAACAUGUCUCGAAACUACUCACUCCAUCCCGUGUCGGAAUUGGCUGGCCUUGAUCGUCAAGUAAUCAACACCAAGCAGCCAUGCCUUCCGAUUCCGAAGCCCCUGCCUCGGGCCGACCAGACCCGGAAACGGUACGACGCGAUUCGGGCGAAGAACUGAUUCUACGACGGCAGCUCGAGACCCAGCCUGCCAAUGCUGGGUAUUUUGCCAUCUUUCGUUACGCAACCUCCUGGGAUGUCGCUGCUAUCUUGGUCUCUGCGGUCGCUUGCGGGGCUGCAGGCACCGGACAGCCAGUGAUGAUGGUGUUUGUCGGAUCCAUGACUGGCAGUUUCAGCGACUUGGCUGCUGGAUCCACAGCGUCGGACGAAUUCAUCCAAGCCAUAGAGAACACGGCCCUCAAGUUUGUCUAUGUCGCUGUCGCCCAAUUCGUUAUCCUUGCGGUCGGCAUCCACGGUCUGAACCACAUUGGCGAACGCGUGACGAAAAAGCUGCGACAGGCAUACCUCGCCGCCGUUCUUCGUCAAAACGUCGCCUUCUUUGAUGGCGUCGGGGCCGGGGAGAUCGCCAUUCGCAUCUCCAACGACAUGAGCCUGGUCCAAGACGGUAUCUCGCAGAAAGUCGGUCUCAUCGCCUAUGGUGUUGUCGGGUUCUUCAGCUCUAUCAUCAUCGGCCUCGUCACGUAUUGGCAGCUAGCUCUAGUUAUGCUCGGCGCUCCUGUCGCCUUGAUCCUGUGCAGCGCUGUUUUGGGUAACAUUAUGAAGCGGGCACAAGAGGCCGCAAGUGACGAGUAUAUCAAGAGCAGCACCUUUGCCGAGGAGGUCGUUUCGUCCUUCCGCAAUGUCAUCGCAUACGGGUCUCAGGGUCGGUUUCUUGCCCAGUACGACGCCAUGCUAGCACCUGCCCGGGAUUAUGACAUCAAAGCCGGCCUUACCUUCGGCCUGCUCUUUGCUAGUAUCCUGGGCUUGCUCUAUGCUGGUUAUGGCCUUGGGUUCUGGCAAGGUCACAGAUUUCUGCAGCAGGGCAUCGGCAAUGUUGGCGACACAAUCACCGUUCUGUUCAUCAGCACGAUUGCUGGUGUCCUUCUCUCAAACGCGGUCCGCUUUACUGCAUCUCUUGGCCAGGCCGGAAUUUCGGCCUCUCGCAUUUUUGCCACUAUCGAAAGACAGUCACCACUUGACCCCCUCUCUACCGACGGAAGACGGCUGGCGAGCUUGGAGGGAACGAUUGAGUUUCAAGGCUUAAGAAUGGUGUACCCUUCCCGACAAGACCAGCUUAUCCUCGAGGACUUCAGUCUUACUGUUCCGGCGGGCAAGACUGUUGCAAUUGUCGGACCAUCCGGUUCGGGCAAAACCACAAUCUUUGCCAUGCUUGAGCGCUUGUACCUACCUCUUGGUGGGACUAUUACCCUGGACGGCCACCAGAUUGACCAUCUGAAUAUUGGGUGGCUUCGCUCCCAGAUCGGUCUCGUCUCUCAGGAUAACUUUUUGUUCAACACUUCUAUUUUCAACAAUAUUGCGUAUGGCUUGGGCGCUGAGUACGGCAAGCUUGACGACGAGGCUACGAUGAGGCUUGUUCAGGAGGCCGCCAAGAUUGCCAACGCCCACUCAUUCAUCGAGGAAUAUCCAGAAGGAUACCACGCAAACGUUGGGGAGCGUGGGUCUCGACUCUCCGGAGGCCAACGUCAGAGGGUAGCCAUUGCUCGUGCCAUUGUUGGAAAUCCCAAAAUCCUUCUGCUCGACGAAGCCACCUCUGCGCUGGACCCCCAUAAUGAGCGCGUUGUGCAGGAUGCAUUAGCGUCUGCCACAAACGGCAGAACAACCAUCAUCAUUGCGCACCGCCUCUCAACUGUGCAGAGUGCCGAUUUGAUAGCUGUAAUGCAGAGUGGCAGAGUUGUUGAGAAGGGCACCCACGACAGUCUCCUCGCCGCCGGGUCGACUUACGCCUCCCUCGUUCAAGCUCAAGCCCUGCGCCAAGGGGAGGCAGGCGAGGGAGAGCCUGAAGACUCGACAGACCUGCCAUUGCACAAAGAGAGCACUGUGGUAUCUGCUCCUAGCGUUGCCGGUGCUGAGAAUCAGCCAGGUUCCAAAAAGCACGCCGAGAAUGGCUCCGUCUCACAACUUGCAAGGCUCGUUUGGACCAUCAAUGCUCCUGAGCGUCUGUAUUUGGUCUUUGGAAUCCUCUGCGCCCUACUUGCAGGUCCAGUAGUACCGGUUUGUGGUGUUAUACUUGGUAACGCCGUGGUUUCGCUCACAAAUCCGGAACUCAGCAGCGGAGGUCUGCCUAUGGGCUUCUGGGCCGGCAUGUUUCUGCUACUAGCACUGGUGAUGCUGUUGGCCCAGGGGAUGCAAGGCUAUUUACUAGCAGUAGCGGGUGCGUCUCUCGGGUCUCGAGCCCGGAGCCGCGCAUUUGCAUCCAUCCUGCGCCAGGACGCUGCAUUUUUCGACCGACAGGAAAACAGCUCGGGCGCAUUGACGGUUUUGUUGUCUACCGAAGCCACCAGACUGAUGGGCAUCAGCGGCAACACACUCGGCAGCAUAUCCAACAACAUCGUAACCAUAGUUACAGCCAUCGCCAUUGCAUGUGGGUUCGGCUGGAAGCUCGGCCUGGUGGCGACGGCUACGAUGCCGCUGAUCAUGGCUUGUGGCUAUCUACGCACGUGGGCCGUGGUCAAGAUUGAGCAGCGGUUGAAGCAAGCUACGGCAUCAGCUGGAAUAGCAGCGGAAGCAGUGUCUGCGAUUAGAACGGUCGCUACACUCGCGAUGGAAGAGACAGUGAAGCGCCAGUACGCCGAGAGCCUCGAGUCUGAUCAAGCCGCAAACCUGUUUCACGACUUCAUUGGGGCAGUCCCGUAUGCCCUCAGCCAGUCGCUGAUACUCUUGGUCAAUGCCCUCCUUUUUUGGUAUGCCGGCACAAGGCUACUUUUGACUGGAGAAUAUACGCUGCAGCAAUUCUUCAUAUGUUACUCGUCCGUCCUCUUCAGUGCUCAGAUUGCAUCUGCCCUGUUUGCCAUGUCUCCAGACAUUGCAGGCGCCUUGGAUGCUGCUGCUCAUCUGAAAUACCUCCUCGAAAGCAAGCCGUCGAUUGAGGUCGAGCCAGAGGAAGAGUCUGACGAGGACAAGACAUUCCACAAUCUCGUCGGUGACGUCGCAUUGGAGGCUGUGCGGUUUGCGUACCCGAGCCGCCCGAAACACCAUGUCAUCAAAGAUGUCGACCUAGUCACGAGGCACGGCCAGUUCAUCGCACUCGUAGGUGGGAGUGGGAGUGGUAAGAGCACCGUUCUCAAUCUCAUUGAGCGCUUUUAUGAUGCAAGCUCCGGCGCCGUGAAGAUUGACGGACAAGACAUUCGAGAGCUCAACUUGAAGAGGUUCAGGUGCCAUGUUGCUCUUGUUGAGCAGGAGGGAGCCUUGAUCGGUGGAACCAUACGGGACUCGUUGAUCUCAGACGACGAGUCCGUGAGCGACAAGUCACUUAAGGAAGCUUGCCAAGCAGCUAACAUUUACGACUUUGUGGUCUCUCUUCCCGACGGCUUCAACACACUGACGGGCGCACGAGGAAACCGUGUCUCUGGCGGCCAGAGACAACGUCUCGCCAUAGCCAAGGCGCUGCUACGUGAUCCAAAGAUUUUACUUCUGGAUGAAGCCACGUCCGCUCUCGACUCGACGUCGGAGAAACUGGUACAAAACGCCCUCGACACGGCAUCUCGUGGCCGGACAACUAUCGCCGUUGCCCACAGGCUCAGCUCCAUUGCUAAUGCGGACUGCAUCUUUGUCUUUGACCACGGCCGCAUCGUCGAGUCUGGAAGCCACGACGAGCUGGUGAAGAAGCGAGGGCGGUACUUUGAGCUUGCUACCCUGCAGCAGCUGAGUCAAUGAAUGGCAACACGUCAAGGCUAGACUCCCGCUGGAGUGUGGUAUCCUCCACCAUGUUGACUCAUUAAGAAGAGGCAUUAUGCUUUGGCUAGCUGCCGCGUCUGUCGCUACUCAAAAUAUUUCAUUUUUGCGGGAAUCGUAAAGAACUUGGAAAUGACAUUGUACAAUACAUCUAUGUUGAGUAAAAUUGAUGGGAGAAGAUUCUUCCGAUGGCUGGCUUGAAUCUCUCACCCUGGCGGCGAGUCCUAAUUUGUAUAUUAUUUCUUACGAUAAUCAAAUUUCCUGAGUCAG